GAGAAGAAGCUGGUGGCAGACAUCAAGAAGAGCGCAAAGAACGGGCAGAUAGCAGCAUGCAAGAUCCAGGCAAAGGACCUUGUCCGGACACGAAGGUAUAUACAAAAGUUCUACUCGAUGCGGACACAGUUGCAGGCUAUAUCACUACGGAUUCAGACCGUUCGAAGUAAUGAGCAGAUGGCACAGUCGAUGAAGGGAGCAACGAUACUGCUGGGAAGCAUGAACAAGCAGAUGAAUCUGCCUGCUCUGCAGAGGAUUGCCAUGGAGUUUGAACGAGAGAACGAGAUCAUGGAUCAACGACAGGAGAUGAUGGAUGAUGCUGUUGAUGAAGCAACCGGUCUCGAUGACGAAGAAGAAGGAGAAGAGAUUGUCAAGGAGGUGUUGGAUGAGAUUGGCGUUGAUCUCGGGCAGGCGCUGACCUUUCUUCCCCUCCCUUUGCUUUGGCCACAGCUCGGAGAGACACCAAGUGGAAUACAAGGCACGGCAGUCAAGGAGGCCCGAGUUGCCCAAGCAGUUGGUGGUGGCGGGAAUACGGAUAACGAGGACUUGCAAGCCAGAUUGGACAGUCUACGCAAGUGA